AUGUCCACAUACGCUACAUCCAGAACCGAUUACCUAACAGAAAAAGAAGUCUUCAUAGGCUCCAUCAUCGGCCGCUCCGGCGCAGGCAACAAAUGGCAACGUGAACAGUCCGAAUAUAUGAAGGUUCAAUUCAAAGCCGAGCUGCGCGACCUCAGGGCAUGGAUGAAGGACGAGACAUCAGAUACUGAGGAUGGGUUCUUGUGCCUCGCUGCCGCGUGCGUCUACGUUGCUGUUCGAGAGCCGCCUAACGUGUCAACGGGCAAGCUGGAAGUGGUACUGAAGAGUUUCGGAUGGUACGCGGCUGGAUUGUGUGUGCCUCAGCUUGUUGAUGAAUCAAACGAAGGGAAGGAUGUGGAUUUUGGUGGUUGGGGUUUGGAAUAUGUAUCUGGUUGA